AUGGAGAGCUCGAUUUCACAAAUGAGAUUUUUCACUAAUGCUUGCGUUUCUGAAUCAUUAGAGCGGGACUCGAGUGCACAAUUUUUUGGCGAAGAUACAAAUGGUACAUCAACGAAAGGAGAUUGGGCAAAAAAAGGUCAUAGCAAAUCUUGCCCGUAUCCGUCCUACAUCGAAAUGAUUGCAACUGUAUUGCUUUCGGAGAGGCCAGCAAGCAAAACUUUGCAAGAGAUAUACAAACAUUUAGAAAAAAGAUAUCCGUUCUUGGAACAAAGAGGAAGAUCUUGGAAAAAUAGCGUGCGACAUACACUUUCUCUAAACGAAUGCUUCAUCAAGGUACCGAGACAAGACAGCGGGAAGUGCUGUGACUGGACGGUCAACCAAAGCUACCUUAAUCGCUUUUCUGUAGGCGACUUCAGAAGACAGAAGCGGCGUCCAAGAACGCUUGCACUUUCACAUACAAAUAGCUGUUGCAGAUACCGUUAUCCUCAAUUCAUCAAUGACUGUCAUCAGUGGAACAGCAACAUCCAAUUGCCUAACAAUAUGAUGCCCGACAUGCAGCAGAUGGGGCUUUCGCAGCAGUAUAUGUUCAGUGAUAUUCAAUUAGCGAGAAAUCAAGCGGAGAGACUUUUGAAUUCAGAUCAUGAACCAUACAGUAUCAGCUGUGGUGGACAACAGUCAGCAGAACAAUCCUUUUACAGACUGAGACAUUAUCCAGCUUCGAAUAACAUUGAAACUAAUACGGACAAAACUGAUUUCUCGAUUGUAGAUGACUGGCUGUUUAAAGGUUCUGUAGACUUUUCAAAAUUGUUGACGGAUAUAAUGUUUUAG